AUUAAACAAAUUUCGACACAGGGAAAUUCAAUUUAGUUUCAAUAAUUAUCGACAUUGGAUAUGAUUCUGACAUCUUAUGCUUCGAAGGGAUAAGGGUUGAGGAAAGCAUAAAAGAUGGCGAAAAGCGUUGAAGAAGAAGUGGAGAGGAUGAAAGCGCUGGAAGCCCGCAUAAAAGCGCCCUCUAUAUGGGGCCGGGUGCAGUGUGGACUCAGGUUUGAGGAUCUGCAGGACAGAAGAUAUGAAGAAGCCGUCAAGUUCCUGAAGACGCAUUAUCUUACCGAAGAAAUAACAUAUCGAUCGGUGAAGAUUGUCGAUGACAAAGAAGGAACCGAUGAGUUUAUCCACCAGGCGAGGAUAUGGAUGAAAGACAAAAUGUCUAUAGCAGUUGUUAAGGAGGGUACGGAUAAGUUAGUUGGACUGCUUAUCAUGAGGAUACAGGAGAAGAGUGCACAUUCUCGUACAUUCAGCCGCGUGAAGAUCGCCUACAACAAAUUAUAUUCGACGGUGACAACGUUCAACAACGAAGUCGAGAAGCCAGUGGACGUGUUUGACAGACUCGGAGUUAGACGAUACUUAAAGAUAUAUGUGUUCGCUUUGAAACCGAGAUACCGACAUAGGGGUUUAGCCAAAGAGUUGCUAAAAGCGGCGAUAGCAUUGUGCGAAAGUGCGAGUGUGCCAGCGAUCACGGGCCUAUUUUUCACGGCUAGAGGACAACAGAUAGCCGAAGAAUUGGGCUUUCAGAAGUUCCAUGAGAUAUAUUAUGUGCGUUACUUGAUAGAUGAUGAGAUUGUAUUCUGGGAUACCGGCCUGGGUAACUAUGGUUGUGCACUCAUGGGGUACCGUCUCCCAUCCGUAGAAGAGCCGAUGGAAAUCAAGGCACAAGCCUCGUCCAGAUUCAAUAUACAGCCUGCUGAUGAGGAUGAGCAAGAACAAUCCUGAAAACAUAGCAAAUGUUAGAGAGUCUCCGCCUUAUAAUAUCAGAAUGCCAACCAGAUGGUCGGUCUAUUUUAUGGGGGGUCCUAUAGACACUACGUCUUCCGGAAUGUGGUACACCAUUCGAGGACUUUACUGCCCCAACUGCCAUCUGUCCGUCUGAUUUGCGCCCUGCCCACUGCCACUUCAGUUUCGAAACCAUCUGGGCUAUGUGAUGACUUUGGCAUUACAUCAUAACCCAUUAUAAC